AUGCCGGCGGCGCGCGUGGAGUACAUCGCGCCCUGGUGGGUGGCGUGGCUGCACAGCGUCCCGCACCUAGGGCUGCGCUUGCAGCCGGUGGACAGCACCUUCAGGCCCCGCGAUGAGAGUUACCAGGAGUCACUGCUGUUCCUGGGGCUGGUGGCCGCCGUCGGCCUGGGCCUGAACCUCAUCCUCCUCGCGGCCUACCUGAUCUGCGUGUGCUGCUGCCGGCGGGACGACGCGGCGCAGACCAAGCGCCCCCGCUCCUGCUGCGUCACCUGGACGGCCGUGGUGGCCGCGCUUAUCUGCUGCGCUGCAGUGGGCACAGGUUUCUAUGGAAACAGCGAGGCCAACGACGGGGUGUAUCAGCUGCUCUACGCCCUGGAAAACGCCAACCACACCUUCUCUGGGAUCGAUGUGCUGGUGUCGGGAACCACCCAGAAGAUGAAGGUGGACCUGGAGCAGCACCUCGCCCGCCUGGGUGAGAUCUUUGCCGCCCGGGGCGAUUACCUCCAGACGCUGAAGUUCUUACAGCAGACGGCGGGCAGCAUCAUUGUCCAGAUGGCAGGGGUGCCCGUGUGGAUGGAGGUCACUGAGGAACUGACCGAACUGGCCGACCAGACCAGCUUUGUGGAGUACUACAGGUGGCUCUCCUACCUCCUGCUGUUCGUCUUGGACCUGGUCCUCUUCCUCCUUGCCUGCCUGGGUCUGGCCAAGCGCUCCAGGUGCCUCCUGGCCUCGAUGCUCUGCUGCGGGGUGCUGGCCCUGCUCCUCAGCUGGACGUCCCUGGCUGCUGACGCUGCCGCGGCUGUGGGCACCAGUGACUUCUGCGCGGCCCCAGACACCUUCAUCCUGAACAUCACAGAGGGCCAGGUCCGCCCCGAGGUGACCCGAUACUACCUGUACUGCAGUCAGAGCGCAAGCAGCCCCUUCCAGCAGGCCCUGACCGUCUUCCAGCGCUCACUGACCGCCAUGCAGAUCCAGGUGGCAGGACUGCUGCAGUUCGCCGUGCCCCGCUUCCCCACCGCAGAGAAAGAUCUGCUUGGAAUCCAGCUCCUGCUGAACUCAUCCGAGUCCGGCCUCCACCAGCUGACUGCCUUGUUGGACUGCCGGGGGCUGCACAAGGACUACCUGGACGCCCUCACCGGCAUCUGCUACGACGGCCUCGAGGGCCUGCUGUACCUCGGCCUCUUCUCCCUCCUGGCUGCCCUGGCCUUUUCCAUCAUGAUCUGCCUGGGGCCGGGGGCUUGGAAGCACUGUGCCACCAGGGACAGGGACUAUGACGACAUCGACGACGACGACCCUUUCAACCCCCAGGCCCGGCGCAUCGCCACCCACAACCCGCCUCGGGGGCAGCUUCACAGCUUCUGCAGCUACAGCAGCGGCCUGGGCAGCCAGGGCAGCCUGCACCCAGCCCAGACCAUCUCCAACGCCCCCGUCUCAGAGUACAUGAACCAAGCCGCACUGUUCGGCGGGAACCCACGCUACGAGAACGUGCCACUCAUCGGAAGAGGCUCCCCUCCACCCACGUACUCGCCCAGCAUGCGGGCCACCUACCUGUCCGUGGCAGAUGAACACCUGCGGCACUACGGGAAUGAGUUUCCAGGCUAA